AUGGACUUCGUAAUGCGAGCGUCGUUAGCGGAUCCGUCUAUAUCGGGACCACCGAUAAGCAGUAGUUCCACGGGCGAGAGACCGCCGUUGCUGACACCGGAACAGGGCCGGAUUGUGCGGGAGACAUUCGCCGAGUUCGUGGAGCCAAACGCCGAUCAGCACGCCAUCAUUCUCUUCCUCAUUGUUUUCGACAUUUCCCCCGACGGCCGCAACCUCUUUUCCUACGUGCGCAACUCGACGGAACCCGCGCCGCUGAACAAGCGGCUGCAGGAGCACGCGACGCACGCCUUCGGGCUCAUGUGCGAAGCGAUCAUGCAGAUGGACGACGCGGAUGCGGUGGCGUGGAGUGGUGGAGGAUGCAUGGAGUCAAGGGUUCGACCUUUUGGAAUACGUGGUCUGUAA